AUGUCUUUACAGGUAAGAAGUAGGAUGGUGUCUGGGGAGGCAGGAGGGCACAGCUACUUGGUGGCGUGCUGGCAGCCUAUCCUGAUCCUGAUGCUGGGCACCGUCCUUUCUGGCUCCACCACCGGUUGCCCCUCCCGAUGUGACUGCAAUGCUCAGGAGCGGUCAGUCGUGUGCCAUCGACGGAGACUCGCAGCUCUUCCUGAGGGCAUCCCCACUGAAACAAGGCUGCUUGACCUCAGCAAGAACCGUCUGAAAACUCUGGGUCCUGAGGAGUUCAUUAAUUACCCUCAGCUGGAAGAGCUGCAACUUAACGAAAACACAAUUUCAUCCAUUGAGCCUGGGGCUUUCAGCAACCUUAUGAACCUUCGAAUACUAGGUUUGCGCAACAACCAGCUGAAGCUUAUUCAGCUGGGGGUGUUCACAGGCAUGACCAACCUCACCCAGCUGGAUAUCAGUGAGAACAAAAUUGUCAUUCUGCUUGACUAUAUGUUCCAGGAGCUUUACAACCUGAGGGCUCUGGAGGUUGGUGACAAUGACCUUGUAUUCAUCUCACCUCGAUCUUUUCAUGGCCUCAGCAACCUUGAAAGCCUCAACAUUGAGGGAUGGAAUCUGGCCUCAGUGCCCACUGAUGCCCUUAGCCAUCUGCAUAACCUGCUGUCACUUCGAUUACGCUAUCUCAAUGCCACUGUCAUAAGGGAUUACUCCUUUAAGAGGCUGUAUCGGCUCAGAGUGCUGGAGAUUUCUCAUAUGCCUGCCCUGGAUACCAUGACCCCAAAAUGCUUGUUUGGACUCAAUCUCACAUCAUUGUCCGUCACAAACUGUAAUCUGACUGUCAUCCCUUACCAAGCCAUCAGUCACCUAAGACAUCUUCGGUUUUUGAAUCUGUCUUUCAAUCCCAUUCAUACAGUGGAAGGGAACCAACUGUUCAACCUACAGAAGCUCCAAGCGUUUCAUUUGGCUGGUGGGAGAUUAGUUGCCAUUGAACCCUACUCUUUCCGAGGACUCAAUCACCUCCGUGUACUCAAUGUAUCCAGCAAUAGCCUGAGAACCCUGGAGGAGUCAGUCUUCCACUCAGUGGGAAAUCUAGAGACCCUGGCUUUGUUUGACAACCCACUGGCCUGCGACUGUCGUUUGCUCUGGGUCUUCCGGAGGCGGUGGAGGCUCAACUUUAACAGACAACAGCCCAUGUGCGCUUCGCCUGAGGUUGUGCAAGGAAAAGAAUUCAAGGACUUCCCAGACAUCCUCCCAUCUGACUAUUUUAUCUGCCAGAAAUCAAAAAUCAUGGAUUACAAGGUUCAAGAAAGCCAUGUAGAUGAAGGAACGACGGUUCACUUCACUUGCCAAGCAGAGGGUGAUCCAGUCCCUGUGAUAAUGUGGCUAUCCCCUAAGAAGGACUACAUCACUACCAAAACUGUGGGGUCAAGACUUUCUGUGUCUAAUGAGGGCACACUGGAGGUGCGUUACUCCCAAAUCCAGGACAACGGCACCUAUGUGUGCAUUGCAAGCAAUGCAGCCGGCAAUGACACCAAAGCUGCUCACCUUUUUGUGCAUAGCUACUCCCCGAAUUGGCCCCACCAGCCAAACAAGACAUUUGCCUUCAUCUCCAACCAGCCCAGCGACGAAGGUGCUAAUGUGACCCGGGCCACAGUUCCAUUUCCGUUUGAUGUAAAGACACUUAUCAUUGCAACCACCAUGGGAUUUAUCUCUUUCCUUGGAGUUGUCCUCUUCUGUCUUGUAAUAUUAUUCCUCUGGAGUAGAGGUAAAGACAACACUAAGUCAAGUAUAGAGGUUGAAUAUGUGCCACGUAAAGAGGAAACAGAGGAGGCCAGUCCAACUGAGGCACCCAUACAAUUCAACAUGAAAAUCAUGUGA